UUCGUCCAAAAAAUCAAACGUGUAGCACUCUCCCUCCUGUGCCCUCGAUUGUUCGUCUGCUGUCAAAGGUCAGGUACUGUUCUGUAGCAGCGACGUCGUCUAUCAGGUAGUGUUCUCUCCUCUGGAACUGAGUCGUUAAAUCUUUCGUUCCAGAUCGAUACCGUGCCGCGAUUGGGUACGCUCGAUCCAGAUCGAAAUUCUUAGGGGGGUGAGACAUCCAUGGACGACGAUUUGCUUCUCAAGAACUUCUUCGCUGAAGUUAGUGAAGUUGAGAGGGACAACCAAGUCCUCAGGAUCCUCUCGUGCUUCAAGUUAAAUCCUUUUGAGUAUCUUAACUUACCCUUUGAUGCAUCCCCAGAAGAUGUCAAAAAGCAGUAUCGUAAGUUAUCUUUAAUGGUUCACCCCGAUAAGUGCAAGCAUCCACAGGCUAAGGAGGCUUUUGGAGCAUUGGCAAAAGCGCAACAGCUCUUACUUGAUCAACAGGAAAGGGAUUAUAUUAUUAGCCAAGUCAAUGCAGCCAAAGAUGAACUUAGAGCAAAAAGGAAGAAGCAGUUGAAGAAAGAUACAGCUUCUAAAAUUAAAUCAUUAGUUGAUGAGGGGAAAUAUGAACAACAGUAUGAACAGUCAGAAGAGUUCCAGCAAGAACUGAAAAUGAAGGUUCGAGAAAUAUUAACAGAACAAGAAUGGCGAAGGAGAAAAAUGCAAAUGAGGAUAUCAGAAGAGGAAGGUAGAUUGAAAAAAGAUGAAGAAGAAACCAAAGAGAUGUGGAAAAGAAAAAGGGAGCAUGAGGAACAAUGGGAAGGAACAAGAGAACAAAGGGUUUCAAGUUGGAGGGAUUUUAUGAAGGGUGGAAAGAAGGCCAAGAAAGGAGAAAUUCGACCUCCAAAGCUCAAGACUGAAGACCCUAACAAAUCUUAUGUUCAAAGGCCGGUAAAACGAGGUUGAAUUGCUUGGUUUUGGCCUGGUAGGGUCAUAAUAGGUUGCGGUUUCAACGAUUAACCAAGCUUUUGAGGAUUAGAAAUUCGAAAGCCCAGGAUGUAGGAUGACAUCCCUAUGAAUCUUUCUUUGUAAACAGGAUUAACAUUGUGUCAAAUGUGAGAUAUAUCAUUAGUAUAAUGUUUUGAUACCCCGUAUAGUAUAUCUAAAUCUUGUCAGGCAGGACCUUAAUAUGGGAAGGUCACUAAAAAAAACAAAGAGAUUCAUUCUUGUGA